AACUAAGGAUGACAAUGAUCUAACGUGGUACUUUGUUCUUUUGCUUCAUAUGCCUUACACCUGGAAAAUGUAAUCGUUAAGGUUUUGUACCUCAUUGUUGGCUGUCCUCCCCACUAAAACACAGGUCCAUAGCAUAUUUGGACUGUAGUGGCGUGCAUGGUACUUCUUUGUCCAAACACUUCAUAAUUAGAUAGGAGGGGCCUUUAAUUCGAAAUCCUUUGGAAGAAGACUGGAUGGGAUCAGAAUCCAAUCCUUAAUUUUCUUGGUGAUUAAUGAACUAAUGAUGGUCCCUAUGCAUAUAGCUUGGGUUUGUUAAUGUGUCAAUGUCAUCAAUUAGAGUCCACGAAGCCUUAACCACGGUCUGAUCAAUCUCCUAAUUCUGGGUUUGGAGGGAAAUUUUAGUUAACUAUCGCUAGACAUACUGUGUAGGUUCGUCUUUCGGGGGAAUUCUAGGUUAGAUGUACUAUAUAUUUUUUUAUAGGGAAAUCUGCAUUUUAUUCAGGCCUCGCGGGGCUCAUUUUCUAAAACAGAAAGGAGGAAGAAAGGUGGGUUGGAAGCCCAUUGUUCUUGGGCAUCCCAAUUACAAUUUGCAUGGACCAGAAUGUGGGCCGCUCUAUUGCAAUCUCUUUUAGCAAAGUUCCACCUGAUAGAGUCCACUCUAUUGGCCUCUUCUUUUAGCUCCCUGACCAAAGGGCCAACUUCCAAUCUUGUCUCCUCCGGCUUCUGCAACGUGAGGAAUGCGUUUUGGCAGUCAGUUUCCACCACAACGAAGGUUAGGCCAUGCAUCUCCACCUGUUGGAUGCCAAAUUCAAUCGCUUUUAACUCCGCAAGCUCCGGCGUCCAUCGUCUUCUUUCUCUCCUGUAUCAUGGAAGAUCACGGCAUCAACGUUCAUCUUAAUCCAGCCUUCCGGUUACAGGUAAGCCCCUCACGCCGCCCUCUAUUAGCUUCCUUGAUGCGGGUAGACUUUCCAUUACCAAUCACUUUCGCCAAUUCAGAAUCCAUCCGUUUCCAUACAUCACAAAUACUCGCCCAGAUCCAAGAAGCACGACCACCUUUACGAGCCUCUCGAAAGUUACUCUGAGGGAAGUAAAGACCUUUCAAAAGUCUCACCCAAAGGGAGUUCGGAGAGGAGAUGGUCCUCCAUGCAUGCUUAGCCAGGAGAGCCAGGUUGACGAAUUGAAACGGUAGAAAACCCAACCCAUCUUCUUCUUUCGGAGCAUACAAAACAUUGCCAGCCCGUCGUGGAUAGUCUUCUUUGAUGUGGAUCCUGACCAGAAGAAUCUUUUAAGCAUACUAUCGAUCUUGUUGGUGGACGCCCGGGGGAACAUGAAAAUACACAUCAAGUAGGUGGGGAUAGCUUGGAAAAUAGAUUUAAGAAGUACUUCCUUUCCUCCUGGAGACAGAAGCAUACUUUGCCAAUUUUCUCCCUUGGCUCCCAUACAAUCAAUAAGGAACUUAAAAGUAUCCUUCUUAGAUCUGCCCCAAGACGCCUCCUCCGGAGAAGCUUCUCCAAAGAUGACUGUAUCAUCCACAAAGAGGCAAUGGGUAAGACGGGGACAUCUAUUGUUAAGUUUCAAACCUUUAAUAUGAUGAUUGUUGCAGGACUUUUCAAUGAGAAAAGAGAUGGCAUUCGUCAUGAGAAUGAACAGAAGCGAGGAAAGUGGUUCUCCCUGCCGAAUGUCCCUUGAGGAGACGAACUCCUCAUAAGGAGAGCCAUUGAAAAGAACCCUGAAUUUAAAAGUAGAGAUACAAGAACGGACCCAACCACACCAAGUAGAGUCAAAAUCAUACGCCCUGAGAAGACUAAUUAAACAAUCUCAUUCUACCAGAUCCAAAGCUUUCCUCAUAUCCAACUUAAGCAUCAUAACUUUCCUCUUCCCGGUCUUGUGCUUUUUGAAAUGAUUAAAGACUUCUUGAACAAUAAUGAUAUUAUCCUGAAUUUGGUGGCCCAGUGAAAGCUGAUUGCAGUUUUGGGAUGAUAAAUGGUAACCAGAUUUGAAGCCUAGAAGUCAUGAUUUUUGUGAUAACUUUGUACUUGACGUUACAACAACUCAUGGUAAGGAAAAUGCUAAACGAUUCAGGGUUGAGAACCUUGGAUGGUGGCAUUUGUUGCUUGGAUUUGAUGAGGUGGUUUUGGAUGAAUUCUGCAUAAUGAGUCAGGGUUUAUGUGGCUAAGUAAUGAAAUAGGUUAUUUAAA